AUGCUCACAGUCCGUAUUCUGCAUAUGUGUUGUGUUUGCGAUGGGAAUAGUAUUGAUGUGAACACGAGUUUGGGUUCAGUGAGGGGUCAGACACUCCAUGUCUUGAAUCGCAAAAUACAUCAAUUCUUGAAUAUACCCUACGCUGAGCCCCCUUUAGGCCCACUCAGGUUCGCACCACUUCUACAUCUCAGAGCACCCAAACAGGGUAUAAUAGACGGCACAAAACCCGGAAAUGAAAUAUUAAGUGAAGACUGUUUGGUAUUAAAUAUAUGGACACCAAAUGUGGACAAUAGUAACAAUAAUCAACAGAAAACGGGUCUCAAAGCAGUCAUGUUUUGGAUAUAUGGCGGAGCACUGAUGUUGGCCACCAAUUAUGUGGUUGUGGUUACCGUUAACUAUAGGGUCGGGCCGUUGGGGUUCCUCUACGGCGGCGAUGAGACAGCGCCCGGAAAUGCUGGCUUUUAUGACCAGUUAUUGGCACUCAAAUGGGUUAGAGAAAACAUACAUCUAUUUGGCGGAGAUAGGGAUGAGAUUACUAUAUUUGGCUUCAGUGCCGGGAGUUGGUCGGUGUCCGCACACAUACUCUCCCCGCUAUCCAAAACAUGA